AUGGCGUUUGACAGAGUAGAAAAAUUCGUAAAACGAACUACGUCGACCUGUGAUCAAAUAGGGCCCGGAACUUACGAUGUAUCGGAUAUAUCAAAGCCACCUCGAGAUCUGGACAAUGCUUAUCCAUUUUUGAGCGGAACCAGCAGACAGACACUCGGCAUACCAAAAGACGCGCAUAAGUUUCCAGGACCUGGCUCGUACAAUAUAGAGGCGCCGCAAAAACAUAUACCAGAACGUGGCGGCGUUAGUAUCGAUUACACCGAUGUUAGAUUUAAAGAAAAGGUGUAUGAAGAACCAACAACAAGGUACAGUUUGCCAGAUGAUUCAUUUCAGGAAUCGCCUCAAAAAACAAGAUCCCAUCUGGGUACUUGGCGAGGCCCUGCUGGCAAAGAGACAAACUUUACUACUCUGAAGUACAAAGGAAACUUUUGGAGCAGAAUGAAGGGUAGAGAUGACGAACGGACUUCCGUGACCCCGGGUCCCGGGAACUACGAGCAUGAAACAAAGAAAAGUCCCGCCCAAAUCCACGACGAGAAAACUAGGGAAGCGAAAAGAGCCACCGUUAAGCAGCCGCGUUUCUUGGAAGCUUUGUACCAGCAAAAAUUACGCCAAAACUUUCCAGCUCCUAAUCGUUACGGUCCACCGAAAAGCGUGUUUGAUAAGUACAAAUAUAUCUCGUGUAAGUGUAAUCCUUAUAAAGUGGAGCCACCACCUUUUAAUCAAACUGCAAAGAGAUUUGAGAAGGAUAUUGAAUCAGAGACACCUGGACCGGGGACAUAUGAAAUCGCAAAUGAACAAAUUUGUUACAGUUCUAUUCUUGCCGCACCUUUCGGCGCUUUCAAUACCCGAUUUAAAAAAGUCGAUGACACAGUAACUCCAGGAAGCUCAAAUUUACAUAACGUAGGGAAGAGUGGUGACUGCCUGCCGGAAAUGACGUUUUGCUGUGCUCUGCAGGUCAUUUCCACGCAGAAGCGCGUGGCCGAUGUUGCCCAGAGAAAUCACUUCCGGCUCGCUGAGCCGGAAAUUCGAGCCAAUCCCUGCCUGGUGUCUCUGUCUCUAUAG